AUGAGGACUUGGUUUAGGGGACCAUUGCUUCCAAGUAAACCGAGCUUCAAAAUCCGAAAAAGCAAGGUAAGAAAAUUUUCAAUUUCUAAAUUAAAUUAACUCAUAAAAAAUUGUAUUGCGGAUUUGAAAUGUUUAUGUAGGAAUCAGGCGGCGAUGCGUUCGGUAUUUAAUCACUGUUGUUUUUUUACCUCGCGUCUAAGAUACAAAAACAAAGGAUUAUACAAAUUGAAUUCGAUGUAGACAAUAUGACGAGAUUCUGGACAAGUCUGUUAAAACUGCCGAGUCUGCCAUGCCAUGACGGAUUAACGAGGUUCUGACGGCAGAAAUGAUUAUACGCGAUAUUAAGAAAUAUUGCAACGUCUUUACAUGGUAUAUCAAAUCACUAGUGCUACAAAAUGCCUGGCGAUUGUUGAGCUGGCAACUUCUAGUAUGGUUCGCUACGAGUGCCUCAUACUAAUUAGUAGAACCAUGUAAAUCAAUUCUUAGCACCUGACAAAAUUCUGCACGAUACCUUCCUUUCAACCUCUAGCCAUCUUACGGCAGCGAGAAAACUUUAAAAAAAACCCGUCUCUUUAUUAUAAAUUAGCUCACAGUUGUUGAUACCUACAUGGUCUAUUCUGAUAAUAAAAGCAGCACAAGUUGUUGACAGAUAACGGAAAAUCAGAGUCACGUUUUACAGGUCAAGCGAUGGUUCUUUCUAGGAAUUAAAUUUGUUCUUCUAAUCCUUCCUGACAUUGGAUCCAAACACAUUAACACAUUUACACGUACGAAGACAAAACGCUUACAUCGGUGCAAUGCGAUUACUGAUACAUAUUGUAAAUGUUCACUGCAUGACUAUAAGAGUUAUGUAGUGGUUUCAAUAGAAAACAGCGGUAACUGAAUUGUAUCGAGAUUGAGAGAACUGCGAUAACAUGAGAGAUCUCAGUAUGGAAUUGUUUACUUCUUGCCUGAGAAAGGUAACAUAACAAUUUUAUAUUUGAUUGAAUAAUAUUUUAAAUCAUCCUAUCAUGGAUUAUUUUCAUCACAAGCCGGAUCUCCGUUUUUUAUAUUCUAGCUAAUAUUUGAACGUUUAAUGCUAUUUUUUCAGGCAAAACAAUUGACAAAGUAGGGUUUAGUAUAAUCGGUAUGGCGCGCUAAACUUUGCCAGCGUUUUAGCGAGUAAAAAGCGCUCGUCUGUAAUUCUUGCAAAUGAAAUUAAUUUCCUCGUUAUUUAUGUAAAGUGCGAGGGUCACAUAUCGCAAAGUCAUUUAUACCGACUGGUUUUGCGAGGAGUUUAUAACUUUAUCAGUCUACAUUCAAAAAUCCAAGACGUUCUCACUUCUUAUUCGCUUACAUUAGAAAACGUGAACACGUCAAGAAAUUGCUUAAAAAAUUGAAUUCCUAAGCUUUUUUCGCAAAGGAAUUUACAUCCGUCAGGGUUUUUCCUCAUUCUCAAUUUUGAAAAGAAAACUUUGAUAGCUAGAAAAUGCGGAGCAAAUGAACACAAGACAUACGUAAGAGAAGGAAAAGGAACAAAACUUUUAAAACCACAUAGGUCGUGUCUUUCAAUGGCAUCAAUCACGUUCAUCUUUCAAAGUCAAGCAUACUUGAAGAUUUUAAGAUUAGGAAUGUGUUCACCUCUCGAUCUCACAAGCCUAUAGGGUGUUAUAUAGACCAAUCCACAGAGCCCCCUUAAGUAUAUUACUUAUUGUUUCUUCCGUUGCCAAGGUUAUGCACAUCCCCGCACAUUUCCGAAUUCCAACCUUCAUAAAUACGAUAAGCUUAUAUCUUCUUUGUAAAGAGCAGGUUUCCCGGUGGCGCCUAGUUUCAAACAGGGCGAAAUGGCAAAAUGAAGACUGUAAGCGUAUGUCUCUCUUUUGCUGUUUCUUUAUCUAAAGAAUAUACAAUAUUUGACUGAUUUGUUUUUUUUUUCUUUUGAGGAUCAAUUAAGUCACUCUUUCUGGCGUCUCCAAUAUCGUUUGAUACAGUAGGUAACAGACAAGCAUUCCGAGUAUAUGACCACGUUUUAAUUUGUUUCGAUGUUUUGACACCUUGUUCAAAUUAAAAUGAACGCAGCAGAAUAACUAAAAACUAAGCUUCAUUUUCUGCAGCUGUUCUCUUAUCAUUGUAAUUCAAUCGCCAAAUUUAUUUUUAACUAAUAAUAAUAUUGUCUAUUUCAAGAAUUAAUUCUUUCCAAAAACGUUAAGCUUGUUAAAUUGAUUACGCCAUCGAUAUGAUACAGAUUAUCAUCGAGUAAAUGCUCGAAAAGAGAAAAUAUAAUUCUAAAAUUUUAGAGAUUUUUCAAAAUCUAAAACAGAGUUUCUCGGAGCCAUUCACUUCCAUAGUUUGUCAGGUUCCUCUUGUUGUGAAAUUAAAGAAUAAGAUUUCCGCGGUUAGCGUUUAAAUAUUGUUUAACCAUCCGUGUUGAAUAUCACACGAUCCGAUAAAUAUAACCAACCGGCUUAGGAAAAUGUGGCUCGGUUAAUGUUUUGUCCUUUUAGUGGAGACUUUCGCGAUUUUGAUGGAUUUUGGUGGAUUGGUGCUACAAGAAGCCGAGAUUUCAAAUUUUAUCCUGGAUAUUUCAAAAAACAACAACAACAUUAAGUAGUUAAGACUGUUUUUGGAACAAAGACACCGCGUAUACAAAAGAAAGUCGGCGAAAACAAUUACGAUGGACUAAACCAUAACACCAAAUAACUUUCUUUGUGUAAUAAUUGUUCUAUUUUAAAAUAUUCAUAAUGUAUAUUUAUUUUUAGUCAUUCAGUUCAAUAACCGCCUAAAGAGAAAAUAGUUGAAGCAAAGCUUUAUCACGCAUAAAAAAGAAACAAUGUUAAAAGCAAAAUGAUAACACCUACUUAGUAACACGUGCUGAUAACGCAAUUCAUUUCACAGCGUCAUGCCGAGCUAAAUCAUUUGUUUUAUUUUGAUUUUUUACUGAAUGUUCGAUCAAAAUAUUUCAUUGUGGUUUUGGUUAGACAGAAAUAGGCUUUCCAUUUGCUCUGUGACUGAAAUACGCAGAGCUAAGUCACAUAAAGUGAACGACCAGACAAAGUUUUGAUUACGCCGUCCGUUUUUCCAAGUCUUCGAAACAACCUGUUGUUAACGGGUGUGCCGGUACCCGCAGGUAGCAAAUAACAGGGUUCUAACUAAGUCACUCUAAGUAAGUCAACUUUGGACGAAUCUCCAACAUGAAAGGAGGAGGCGAUGUGCCUGAGUGUGGCCGAGUGUGGCCGAGUGGUUAGAACGCCGGACUUGCAAUGCGGAGUCCCCGAUUUCAAGUCCUGCUAUGACCGCUAGCUGGAUUUGUUCAUGGUAGUCCCGAGUUCAAAUCCUCGACCACACUUGUAAAUAACUAACUGGUUUGCCUCCGGCCAGUUGGGAUUCUUAGCCCUAUUAAGUUCAGUUUGAAUUGUUUGUUUCAGGCAUUUACUCGGCCCCACUAGCAUUAGUGCUAUAAAUACUGCCGAGGGUAAAUAACGGAAUUAUUGUUAUUAUUAUUAUUUGAAGAGGGAACACCAACACUAUGGAAAUCAAUUUUAUUUUCGUCGUUUUGUCUCAAAUACUGCUCUCAAUUCAAAUAUAUUUUAAACUUCAAUUAGAACUUAAAAAGCAAUGAACAUGCUAUCCCGCACGAUAAUAAAUGACAAAAAGAAAACAUGCUGAGAAUGUGAACAAUACAUGGAGUACUGAAAACAGUGGUACUACUGACCAUCAGGAAACGUGUAAAGCGUCACCCUGAAAGACCAAAGUAAUAACCCUAUACUGUUGUGGUUUUUUUUCAACAACUGCAUGGCGAUCGUAAAGAUAGGUUGAAAUAAUCAUCAUGGUUAGCUUAAGUGCUUUUCGUUUUUAUUUUAUGAAGAGAUCAAGUACAUCCAGUACAAUUUGACCACAUCACACAUCAACUUGCCAACGAUUAGACCAACAUCGCGAACCUACAGGCUUUCAAGGUCGACAUUGUCAAACCGCUACUUAAGCUGAUCGCGUUUUUCAGUUUAUAUUUGAUAAAAUCUGUUUUGGUAUUGCUGCUACACAGAAAAGGUAAACGUAGUAAGAAUUCUAUGAGUUUAAAAAGGCAGAGGAUUUUGCAAAAGUUGCAAAAAGAGUAAACAUAUUUAAAAAGUGUACAUGUACACAAUCAGAGGGAAGGCUAUAAUAUAUCUUUUAGUCUGCGUUGGAUAACCAGCUCUCACUUUAACUUUUGCGCAACAUCUCGAUCGGAAACGCUGGCUACGCGGGCUGAAAAUAAGUGGCGAUUUCGAAUCGGCACACUUGAGGAGCACUGAAGAGCAUUGAUGUCAAUGCAGGCUAGCUGAGGCAAAGCACGAAAUACUCAUAUCAGUUGCGUACAGCUAAUACUAGAGCCGCAAGAGGAAGACAGCAAGAAUACAGCCUUCAGCUGACAUUAAAUGUGGAUUUUUUUUUUCUUGAAAGUAAAUUUUGCGGAGGGGUUAGCCGUAGGCGGCGCUAAUUUUAAGAGAAGUUAUUAGCAGCCGUUAUAAACGCGGCUUGAAUUGGGUGAUUAUGUAAUAAAAGCGUGUAUAGAUCUCUCAAGGAUACCUUAAUCAGGCUGUGUAUACACUAUGCAGGAUAAUUUUUCAUGUCGACAGUUUUUAAUUGUUCUUGUACUGUUUCUAUUUUUAUUGUAGGUUUCACUGUUAUAUCAACUGUAGUUUUUAAUUAAUUGAAGUUAAUUGUAGUAUAUGAAGGGCCGCACUGAAGAGCACCUUUUGGUGAAAUGGGCUCCCUGAUGCUAAAAUAUCGUUAUUGUUAUUAUUAUUAUUAUCUCUUUUAUCACAGUCUUUGCUGAUGUUCUUUUUGUGCAUCAGCCGGGCGCAAACCAUGCACCCAGAGCGUCAGUCACUCAAGUCAAUCAUUCUGUUCAUACACUGAGUACCUUUCCGAGAAUUCGCGCAGAUCCCAGCAUGCAGAUCUUUUGAAUCUCUGUCAUGGUAGCUCUCUCUGAUACUUUCUUGAUGUUUUCUACCAUACCCUUCUUCACUGUACCAAGAGCUCCAACAACUACAGGGAUCACUACGGUUUUCAUACGCCACAUUCUCUGUAUUUCUAGUUUUUGUACUUGCUUUAUUAUUAUUAUUAUUAUUAUUAUUAUUAUUAUUAUUAUUAUUAUUAUUAUAAAUAAAUAAUUGUAAAUAAUUAACUUUUUGAUGCUUUUUAUAAUUGUUAUUAGUAGUUUUUAGAUAGUCAUUUUACGACAAUUCUCUUUCGUACACAAGAAGAAUGUACAUAGGGUAUAUAUUUUAAUAUUCAUAUUCUUGAAUCCGUAAAUAGUCUAUUUUUUGAAUCUAUGAAUAAAGUUUAAUUUAUUAUAAAUUAAAUAAAAAAAUUAUUAUUAUUAUUAUUAUUAUAAAAGCUAUCCAGUAAAUUAUGAACACCUGUACACACUGCGCCAAAGAGCAGUACAUAUCCCGUAUGUAAGGAUCCACUGUUAACAAAGGUGUAGCGUUGCUCCGUUUGCGCCUAAAUUACCGUUCUCAUAUGUGAAAAGGAGCUAUAUCAGAUAUGGUUUUCAUACCAGCACAAGAACUACCCGGUAUAGUGUGAAAUAGCCUCAGUAUCCAGAAAAUAUGUAUAUCCUUUCAUACUGCAAAAUCCUCCUAAAAUGUGAACAAAAUGAAAGAACAUACAAAAUCCACGCCAAAGAAGUCUCAUUUGAAUGGUCACAAAGUGUAGGACUCAGUCUCGAACGUAAAUAGACCUGCAUCCCAUGGGGUUUUUUUCGUGUAAUUUUUGGCUGUUAUAUUAAGGUAACCAUGGCGACUAACUAAAUGAUAUUCUUAUUAAAAACAACUGAAUAUCAAUUUAGUUAAAUAAAAAAGAAUUAAAUGAUUUUUUAAUGAAGGUUGUCAAAUUAUUUUCUGACAACUAAGAAAUAAUUAUUUUCUUUGGUUGUUGGUUCCAUUUCGUCCUUUUGAAAAUGCGAUCCUAGCUCUGUUUCGCUUAAGUCUGUCUUAGAAUAAUAUUGGAAGAAUUGUACAAUGUCUGAGCCUCAACUGAUCUGAUCACUUGUCUAAGUAUAUUAAUAUAUUUUGAACAAAAUGUUACAAAUUUGAUGAAGUGCUCCUUAAAAGCUGAAUACUAAUAUUGAACCUUUUUAGAGCAAUUAGACAUAUAAAGUCUAAGAGCAAUGUUUAUUCAGCAGCAUAAAAAUAGAGCAGUAUUUUUAUAAAUUUCUCCCUGUUUCCAACACAAACUGGACAACAAGUUAGAUUUCCUUAAAAAGAACUUGUUUCCUGUUUACACUCGUAAACAUUUUGCUUACUGGUUUUAAAUGAUUACAAUUUGUUUUAAUCUUCUCUGAAGUGUUAUUCUGAAUUCGCUUCUAGUUUAGUUACCUGUUAGGUUCUGUUAGCGUGUCUGCAACACAAAAUUAACCCGCUUUUGAGCUAUCCGGCUUGAAAUGAAAUAUUGUUAACCAGAGUUGCAAAAAAUAACUAUGACCAAAAUUAAAGAUUUAUUUCGUGGUUGAGAGAGUAACUUGCGGGAAGGUUACUAAGGAAACGCUGAUUGUUUUCACAAUAACAACCACGCAGAUGCUAUACGAAAGGAAUUUAAAACGUUUCAGCUUUCGUGAACAUACACAGUCCUAUAAAUACUACAGCUUUGUAGAGAUAUUACACGAGAGACGGCGUCUAUUAGUCGGGUUUAAAAUAGCAAACAUAAAGACGGUAUCUCUGGAAUCAAUCUCAAACUCCUGUGGUUGGUUAAAAACACGAUCGGCUUGCUUUUAUAUUAUAACCCGGGUAUGUUUUAAACUGAUCGCGUGCAAGUCUGAAAUGAGGCCUUAAUCACAAAUAUAAGUCUAGUUAAUAGCACAACAAUAUCUACAACUGAUACAGUACAAGUUGGUUAAGUUAAAUCAAAGGAAGGUAAACAACAGAAGCAAAAAAUGAAUGAGGCACGACACAAGAAAGCAAUUCUAGUGUUUGGCAUAAAAUUCCAGAAACAGUAACACUUCGAACAUAAAAAAAGUCGAAAAAAGUCUUGUCAUUACCAUUUCCACCUAAGCCACCUUGUUACCCCCCUCCCGGCAAAAAAAACUUGCAUAAAUUUCUCUUGGCAUGAGUGUAACACCCAAGAAAAUCCUGAAACAAUGGUUAUGCAAAAUUUUGGAGGCUACCCCCAAAAUUUUGCAUAAAAAAGGUGAAUUAUGGGCAAUAUGAAAAUGGUAUGGAGAAAAAUAUUUAAAACCUUUUUAUUAUAGUAUCAAUAUGUACUGAGUCUUUUAAAUGAUCAAAACUGUUACAUCACGGACGGACUCAAGUUAUAAGUCUGAACCAUCAAAUUUAAGUCAUCAAUAGAUUAUUUGUGAAAGGAUCUCCUUGGCAUUCACUGUCUUUAAGCCGAGAAAAAAUAACAAUUUGAUAGAAUUUUUUUUCCUUUGUAAAAGAAGAGGAAAGUUUAUUAGUAAUAGGUCCCAGUCCCGCUCAGAAAUCUAUCUCACAUUGCCUUGUGAUACUUUAGUUCCCACAGUGUACUGAUUAACCACCACCAGUUGAGGGGUCAACCAGAUUUGCAUUUGUCCAUUUCUUAAGUUCUCCCUUCUUCGUCAGUCAUUUCUCUUUAUUCAUGACCGCUAAUUCUUACAAACAAAUACAUUAUUUAUUUUCCUCUGGAUUUGGCUUUUUUGGGUGAGAAGGUAAUUGACGCAUAAAAAAUUAUUAUACAAAGUUGUUAACAGCUCGUAUUACUGUUAAAUUAACGAAUUCAUUUACUCCAGAUCGAGACAUCGCUUAUUGCUUAUUACCCGAACAUAAUUAUCUACACUUCUCUGGUUCAAACGUGUUUUCGCUAUAAUAUAUUCAACUAAUAAUUUGACAACUUUUCAGCUGCACAAUAAUUCUAUUUGUGACCUCAUAUUUUGUAUUCUUCAAAAUUUGCGCUGCUAGGACGAAGCGUUUUUCGUUUGCCAUCGGCAUGAUACUUUGUGCAAGGGCUGUUAUGCCUCGCUUGCAUGCGACAUCUUCAGUUUCCACGAUGACGUCAUCGGUUUUACUGCAACUACCAGAAUUCAUUUUUUAUUGCUUUCGUUAUUCAAGUGAAUCUUGAAUAUAUUUGCCCCCCACAAAUGUAAAAGAUAUCGUAAAAAGAAGUUAAAGGGGAAAAAAUUGAAAAUGGUUAAAAAUAAACUAGAAAAAAGAAAAAAGGUACCUUAAAAUGUCCUUGUAAUACUAAAAUGCUUGCGACUUGCAUUAAUGUUUAAGAAUCUCUCGAGAAAAUAUUUCUUGUCAUGCUUUUAAGCUUGUUGUCUUGACGAUUCCAAAGGCGAGUCGCACUUGCAUGAAAUGUUCGCAGACCCGCGUCUAACCAGCAUUUCGGUACAGCCAAGGCAUUAUUAGAAGAUAAUCGAGUGUUGUAGCUAUGGGUAUUUUUUAUAUAAGUUCUAUAACUUGUGAAUCAAUCUGGACAUUCCUUGUUCACAAUUUUGAAAAUCAUAUUCAACUAAAAGCUUCUGGUAGUUAUGUUAAGAUGAUGAUAUAUCUGUGGCCUAUCCGUAAAUAUUUUAUUAACCAAUUACUAUAAAUUUAUAAAUUUAAAAAAUAUUUUGUUAAAAGAAGAAGUAAUUUUGGAUAUAUUCAAUGAAAAAGAAUCUGAAACAUUUUCCUGUUUAUAUUUCUAUAUUUCUUUCUCAACACUUUGAUUUUUUAAUAUUGGCAUUUCUUUUUUACUCAUUAGAAUUUGCAAAACGAAUUUCUCAUUUCAACAACAAAAAAUCAAAUCCAUGAGAGUCACCUCUCCUGUAUUGUAACUAAUUAUUGAUUUAUUAUUAUUAUUAUCAUUAUUAUUAUUAUUAUUAUUAUUAUUAUUAUUAUUAUUAUUAUCAUUAUUAUUAUCAUCAUCAUUAUUAUUAUUACUAUUAUUAUUAUUAUUUGAGAAACUCACCAGUUUAGUUUCCUUUCCCAGCGUUUAAUCUUCUUUUGGUUAUCAGAAUUUCUUUUUACUAAUUCGAACUUCAAAGAGAAAUUUUCAUCCUAAUAACAACUAAAAAGCGUUGGAUGAUCAACUGCUACAUUCUCAUCUCAGAUAAUACAAUUAGUUAUAGAUUCAUAAUUUGAGAAGAAUUUACGAGUACUGGUAAUAUAAUUACGACGCACAAUUUUAUGCUUCCGAAGGCACCUGUUGUUUUGUCUGGGCCAAUCUGCGAUUAAAUCACCAAAGUUUAAGAUUUCACAUUGUUUUCAUGGUCCAGUGAAACAGUUUGACAUCCUUUUGCCAAAUGCUUAGUCACGUCGAGAAUUUUAAUUUAACUUUGUGAAACACUGAAGAAGGCUAUUAGCUGUUACAAGAAAAGCAUUAUGAGCUAUGAAAGUGCCGAGGGCUGAGGUAAGAUAUUCGACAUGUUUUUUACUUUUUGAUUGAUACAUCAAGACAGUAUUUCUUACUAAAGACUUGAAACGAAAAUAUGGACAUGCUAUGUGAAUUCGGUGAUGUAUUAUUAUAAGACAUUUCAGUUUUAUAAAUUUCGUGGAGAAGGCGAGAAGGACUCACCGCCAUAUCUGAUCAAACUAUAACAAGAUACUAAAACCGAAAACUCAACUUCAAGAUUUUAUUUUCAAAACAAACCGGCUAAGUACCGUUAACAUAAAUAAAAAUAAACAAUGUCUCCUCUUAAAUCGUGCAAAACUCACUACAUGGAAAUUAAUCUUUCUUUUCGGGAUUUUAAACAAGAUAUCUUUAAAUUUAUUAAUCCGUUGUUUUAAACACGUUUAACGCUCCUACUGAAAAGGUUCAUGUUUUCCCUCAUAAAAUCUAACCCAAAUUAUUAUUACAGGUAAAUUCGAACAUACUAUUUGUUUUUGUAAUGAAAUGACAUUUUUAACUACCCAGAUUUAUUGACUUAACUAAUUUAAAACCUUAAAAUGUACGGGAAUCUAUCAGUAUAGUCUUCAAAUUUCGCAACUAAAAAAAUGAAGAACAAAUAUGUCAGAACGAAGUGAUGACAUCACAACCACCCAUCCGGCAAUCUGAAAUGUGCUUAUGAAGGGAAAGCUUCGAUCCAUGAAAAGUAAAAACGAUUAAAAAUAUUAAACCUUAUAAACAUGAUAAGGCAUCAUAUUUACCUGAAAACAGAUUGUUGAAAUUUGUAUUCUUUUAGCGAGCAAAAAAUUAAAACACGAAAUUCACUAAAACAAGGGCACCUGUUUGUUUCUUAACAUUUAUUUAAGAUGUUGUUUGUGUAAUUUUUUUGUUAUUAAUGUGUUUAUUUACUGUUACGUGACGUGAGUUUCGUUAACACUUUAUUUGAAGCGUGCGCAAGCAAUAUUUUCUGUAAAGCGACCACCUAAUUGCUCUUUUUUGUAAUGGAAACCGAACACCCCCUUAGAGAGUAUUGUGUUUACAAUAAAAAAACACAGGCAUCAAGGGUUCCGAAACAAAAGCACCUUUACUCCGAAUCGAUUUAAGUUUUAUCUACCAAGCAUUUCAUGUAGUACCGGCUGGGAGAAUUUGGUGCUACAUCACUGAAGACAUUACAAUUGAUAUUUCGCGGUUACAAUUACUUGCCUGACAGUUUUAAAAUCGCGGUUUUUUUUUUCUGCAAGGAGAAGUUUGAUUAGCUAUACUGUUUAAUCUUGCGCAAUCGUCUUCGCGUCAGGUGAUAAUAACACUGAGUUUGUUGGAAAAAAACUAGGAGACAAACAAGCUGAAUAAAUUUAAGCAAAAAUUAUUUUGUCGUGAUCAACAAGAAAAUGACGCAGAUAGCCUACCAAUCUUCAGCAAAAAUAGCUCACACACUAGUUUCUCCGUCGUUUUUGUGUAAAGCCCUUGGGACCACAUUAUAAUUAAAGUGGUCUACAAUGCCUUUAACAAGGCCGGAAAAUGUUAACUGGCAUAACAAAACUUAAUCUUCUCGCUGACAUUAUCACGUUUUCAAAGAAAACGAACACUUUAAUCCAUUGUCGCCAUCAAAAAUAGAUCAUGCGCCUUGUCAUGAACUAUUAUGGAGCGAAACGGAAAGGGUGCUUUACUUUCGUACUACAGAGUGUCAGCAUAAGAUAGCUUCGAAACGUCACGGCGGAUUCCGUGAUAUUGAAAGCUUAAAAUCAAGAGACAAGUAUUUCUUAAAUUUCAUAAUCAAUCGAAAGGCCAAAGCAAGUGAAGUGUAUGAGAUCAGUUCAUGGCUUUGUCAAAUUGUAGGAGAAAGGGAUCACAUGAAAUAAACAGUUCAGGGUAUGUACUUCCUUUGAAAUUCACUUUCCACUGACGAUCAAAUUUUCUCACAGCUACUCUCGACAUGCAUAGUUUGUGGAUGUAUUCUUGAUCCACACCUCGAUCAUUUACACGAAACAAUAAUACAGACUCCCGUUGAUAUGAUAUUUACUUCCAAUUAUAUAAUUGAACAUCUAACAGCAUACAAGGUGUUGAACUAGCUUUCCUUGAGAUACCAGUUCUUCUCACAAUGCACUAUGGCAGUUUCUGAGCAAUUCUUGUGCGCAUUUUCGCCGCGAAUGAAAUUCUGUGGCGAAUCCAAACGAACUUUGUCAAUUCAAAACAUCCUUAGAGACUUUCUUACCGAGUUUUUUAGUUCUUUGCCUUGGUACCAAAACUUUUAGUCAAUUGAAAAUCACGCAAAAAAUGUAAAUGGAAUUAGUAUCAGCUAAUAAAAGCUUCUGUCUCGGUUCUUUGAUUCUUUGGUUAUUUGGUUCUUUGAGUCUCCAGUACGAAUAAACCCAAAAAGGUUAUUAAUUAUUCUAAUCACUCUGUGAAGCUUAUCUGGUAUCAUUACUUGUAUCUGAGCUAAUAGCAAAAUUUGAAUUGGUGUUAAUCAAAACCACUUUAAAAACUGUUUAAAGGAAAAGCUCGUAAGAUUGUAGUUUUCAAUUUUGAUAUUAAACAUUUUGUUUUUUUGAUAAGUUUGAAGGCAAAGAUUGUUUCUAGAUGUAAUUUAUUUUGCCACUUACUACUGGAGUCUCGUCUCAGUAAGCUUUUCAAACGACAAAAACUACAGGGAACCACGGUACAAGAAGUCAACAAGAUAUCUUUAGGAACCACUUGAUUAACCUUCGAUGAGGCGUUAUUGUUGUUUUUUUUACCACUUGAUUUGCUCAUCGAAUCAUCGUUCGCGUAUACUUGAAUUGUGAUGUUAGAUUUCCAGGUCAUGCACAUAACGAGACUCGGUACGAAUUACACUACAAUAUCUUUCGACGAAUUUCCUUCGCCAAAAUACACAUGUACUGCAUAGCUAUACAAUCAACAUUUGUAAUACCUGUUUUAUAACUGUAUUCGAUUUUUAAGCUAAUCAGCAACAGAUAAUUUUUUCUAAUAAUUUGCCUAUUUUAAUUUUAAUCUAUGACAGAGUGGAGAUUCUUCUGUUGGGACAUCAUAUUACCAAAAAAUAUUCUUUAACACCAACAAUUUGUUGAAAGUUUAGCAGAGCUUAUAUCAGCAAACGUCAUCACUGAUGAAGGGAUCCGGGUGGGUUCUGAAAGUUCUGCUAAACUUUCAACAAAUUGUUGGUGUUGAAGAAUAUUUUCUUUAUAAUUUUAAUCUAACAUUAAUAUCGCCUCCUAUACCGCUAGUUAAACUACAACAUGAAUAAUGCAUGAAGAUAUUGGUUUCAUUAUUCUACGAAGCACGUUUCAGAGUGAACUUAAAAAAGAGUGCCGGUUUUGUUUUUUUUUUUCGGAUCUCCGCACCCAAUCAGUUGCCGUGCACGAAGACUUAUAUUUACUGGAUGCCCCGGAAGGCGACAAUAUUUGUAUUAUUGCAUAUGCAAAAAAUACCGAACAGCAUCGUCCACGAUAUAAAACCCGCUCAACGGUCUGUUUUAGUGGUUAGUAUUUUAAUUAGGGUAUUCGGCGGUAAAAUUGUUUUCACAUGACGUCAAGGCCGCCAUAUUGGUGUACAAAGCAAUGCAACAGCGACCAUUUUGGAGUUCCAAGAAAAUCCUGUGGGGAUUAAACUCUUUUCUCGUGUAAAAACUUUCUUUUCUUUUAAGAAAUUUGCGUAGCUGCCGAUCACGUGAGUGAAAAUUUAUAAAUGUGCAUACGUAUGUAAUUAUUUACUUAUAUGCUUAUUUAUUUAUUGCAGAAAUCUACCAAAGAUAAAAAAGGGAAAGACAAAAUGGUCAAAGUAAAUAGCAACGAAAUAUCAGUGGAGAUUGAAGGUAACUAAUAAGACAAAUUUAACCUUUAUCAAUGAACACUGUAUUGCUAUCUGACUUCAAUUUCAAGUUUUAUACAUGGUUAUUUAUUAGUACUUUGUUGUAAGGUCAUGGAUGUCCAAAGAAAAUUUUUUGAUUGGCUUUUAUUUAGAAUUGUUACCUUAAACUGUUAUUAGCUUAAACCUCUCACCACUUAUUACAAAAUUGGUAUUAGUUUCCAUAACAACUCAUACUCAACCCGACUAAGAAGAAAACCCGAUUAAGUUGGAGAUUAGAUCGCACAUCCCGCGCUAGUUAGCACGGCUUCAAUUACUGAUUGGUCCAUUUGACCGUCUGCCCUGUUGUGAUUGGCUAAAAGGAAAAUUGCGCCACUUUAUAAACCAAUCAGAAAAAAAAAAAACUACACAAAAAUUGUGAUUAGCUGAAACGCGUUUUCCCGCGCUUGGCGAGGCACAAGUAUUUACUAUGGAAGUUUUCUGUGCUCUGUAAAAUUGUCCCUUUUUGACAAGUUGUAACACUUUGUAAAUCCAACAGAAGCCUUUUUCCUCUUCUUACGAAGACGCAAUGAUUAAUGUUGUACGUUACCAAAAAUACUUAAUGCCUAUAGGAACGUUCUAUGGACGAUCGAGACCCGUCCAUACAAGCAGCUUUUAACAUACCUGAUUGUCUAUAGACAUUCAACGUCACCUAAGAAGGACAAAAGACUCAAGGGCGCACUUACUGUAAUAGUUUUACAUCAUUCUUUAUAAACUUAAUCUAAUUCACAUAUAUCCAGAGAUAUUAUCACCUAGUUCUUAUUUCCAUGCAUCGGCCCUCAAUCGAGUUAGGCUAUUUCCACUAGGUAAGAGACGAGUGAAUUUAUGAUUUUUUUCUCACUGUCCUGUACUUUAUAAGCCUUUAAUUAAAGUUUAUCAGCAUUAUUAGCACUUUCAUCUACAUUUUCUUUUGUCAAGCGCAAAGAAUAUAGAAAGGUAAUGCAAAAAGAACUAAUUAAUGGCGAUUUAUUUCUUUGUGAUAUUAUCAAAAGAAAUUUAAAAUUAUCGGCACCUAAUACAGCAAUUAACCUUUCUACGUCACAAAACAGUGAAAAUAUCAAUAUUCGCUUCGUUUUGUUUUUCUUCCCAAUGUGUUUAGCGUAGGUUGAGAACUUUCUUUGUAAAUAUCGCACGCUUCAAACGACAAACGAAGGCAACUUGGUUUAAGAAGAUAACAGAUGCAUUUAGCAGAAUUAUGCCGUGUAAUAACGUCAGGCUAAGUUCGUAGACAUAACCGUGAAAAUGAAAUGGCUGACGAUAAUUGUGAUCAGUUUGGAUUUGAAAGCAGCGAGUCCACAAUUGGUAAGCUUUGAAUGUGUAGUUUUGUACGCCUUCCCCUCCAAAAUUAAGUAAAAAUUUCAAAAAUUUUAAAAUUCGUUUCUGUAAAAUAAUUUUGUCUAACAGGUUCCAUUUGAAUGGUGACACAAUAGGGUUUUGUUCACAGAUGCAAAAGUUAGAAUAGCAGAUCGUAUCACCACAACUUGGUCAAAGAGUUAAAGAGGUUAACGCACUCCCCUAAUGCUUUGGAUAGAGCGAGGUAUACGCACUUCAUUCAGUGUGACUGUUGCUUUUUAACAUUUGAUUGGAUGAAUUUUUUUGCGAUGUAACAAAGACAACAUACAAAAUAGUAAAGAACGCUGCACCGUUACUAUACCACUAACUAAGAUAUCUACCAUGCGCUUUGAAAGAAAAAAAAGCUCUCAUGAAUUCUGCAGUUCAUCGUACCGUUCAUGCCCCAAGGGUAUUGCUGUUGUUUCGUUAAGGAGGCAUAGAUAAUUUAAAGGUUCACUAAUUGCCUUGUCUGGCUGUCUAAGUUCAUUCACAUGAACGCUGGUUUGAUUCUUAAAGUUCGAAGCUUACAAAGUUAUAAAAGGAUCUCUCAUGGUCGAAGAAAGGACGCUCAAGAAUUUAAAUGAAUUGUCAGUAUUGUGACUUCUUACGCAUGUUCCACAAAGCAAAAAACUAUCAGUUUGGGAGACUCUGCGCUUUCUUUGGACGUGAACGCCACACUGAGUAAUAUUUCAACAUCCUUUUUCCACGCAUUCGUUCUCGUGAUGCCGGGGUGAACACUGCACCCGCGUCCCUAAACGAAGAGCUUCAUUUAUAAUCACUCACUCGACGAGCAUCGGUGUUAUCUACUACGCUGCGCGCGAUGGGUCGGCCUCGUAAUACAGUGACAUCAUUGGAGUUAGAGAGGGAUUUUGAAAGGGACUGGGGCUGACGAUAUGACGGCUACGAGCUUGUGCGGUGACCUGGCCGUAUGUUUUUAGAAAUUUGUAGACGGUUAAAUUGCAGGUUUUAUUCCUGUACAAAUAACUUCAAGAAGUUCCAUUACGGUUUUUUCUUUGACUUCAAUUUUCAAAACAGUUUGUACUUAUAUUAAAAUCGCAGUAUGAAGCUUGCCUUCGUUUUACCAACUUGUUUUAGUGAUUUGUUUUUUGAUCUUGAUAUGAAGUGACUGAAAAAAAGAAUCAAAAAGACAUGAAAUUUUUAUCUAUACAGAUGUUGCUUAUGAGGCUGGUCACAUGCUAACACCAGACAGCGGACGAAAGCACACACAAAUUACUGUCUAAAAAGCAGAUAAGAAUAAUUUUUGCUACCAGCCCACGAAUUUACCAUUCUGUCAUUUUGUUAUUAUCACUUGAUACCUAGCCAGUCAACAUUACUCGUUUUCUGUUUACAAUAGGCGCCCUAGUUUGCCUCUGGCAUUGUCUUUGUACAUUGUGGUUUCGUUUACCCAAAUCUUUGACAUUUACACAAAUUAAUUUGAAAACAAUACAUGGCCGUGAGUAGCACGUCAACGUAUCAGCGCUGCUUAAUUUACAACUUCUCGUCGCCAAUUCGAAGAUUUUCACAGAUGAAUAUAGCCACUUAUGUUUGCAAAAAUGCGACUUCCACUUUGGGAGAGAAACCGACGAAACAGCGAGAAAGCAUUUCGUGUGCUUAGAAGAACUACUGCAGAAGGUAAAACCUUGCAGUCUUUGUUGUUGAAUUUUUUCCUGUUCAAGAGUUCGCGUUUUGAGCAAACACAUGGAGCGGAUGACACCACUUAAUAACUGAAAACUUGAGCAAUGAGAAGUUGAUCGGGAAGAAAAGGUUAUUCCAGUGAAAAAACGAGCAAAAAUAUCGCAGAAAUUCAAUUGAGUAUGGUUUGAGUGACCCGCAAGUAGCAAAACGGACGAAAUAAUAUGCCCACAUAUUUUGGUUACCACAAGUCGUGCAACAACAAAAGUUGGCAUUUUUAGUUAAAAGAAGUGCUAUUUUUAGAUUGAACGAUUCUUGAAUCGAGUCUAAAAACGAAAUUGAGACUUAAUAAUUGCCUGUGUGUGCCAUGGAUUAGUUUUAUUUGAAGUAGAGUUAUUAUUUGUCCUCAGGCAUAGAUUAUCUUAUAAGCAGAUUUACAGAUAUCAAUGUUUAUUUAAUAUAUGGCUAAAUAGACGGGAGACAAAAACAACUAUCUGACUUCUUAAAUGGUCAUAGGACUGCCAUCAUCAUUCAAAUUAGGCUGAUAUAAAAUUGUAUCGUAUGAUUCAUGUAGCGAUAUGAAACGAUCCUCGUGUAAAACUGAAUCCAAUCAACCGUCGCACGCUCGACGUCUCCUUUUAUUAAUUUCUAACGAAGGAUCUCACUGCGAGUAAGAAAUUAUUAACGGUUGUCUUUCGUCCUGAACAAAGACAAGGGGAAAGAUUGCGACUUGCACUUUCUCAGGUUUUUUUCAUCGUGUUUUGAAAGAAAAAACUGCUUAACAAAUUACUUUUUUUCUUUCCUCCCACUCAUUCAAACCAUCCUCUUGGUGGGGCAGGUGUUGCUCCUGGAAGUAAUCUGACAGUACUCGCUUUUAAAUUUUAGCAAACUUAUUUUUACAAGGCUCUUCCCCAUUGCCUCGAUCUUUUCUUUCGCUUAAAUCGCCAAUCCAAAUCAAGAGAAAAUGUCGUGUAGCCAAGAAAAAGACACGUUUGUAUUUUACACCUCCAGUUAUAUAACACGUAAUUUGAGGCCUUAUGUCCACGAGGCACGAAAAGGAUAGGUGAAGUUACAUAACACGUUACAUUGUGUUCGAGAGCUGUUUUUAAAUAUCUUAGACCUUGAGACUAGAAUUAUCAUAAGAGUGACCAAAAAAUAUGUUAUAUUGAGAUUCAGAUUUAAUUUUUUUUUAUAAAAAGUGUCGAAAAUAAUAAAAAUUGUAACUGAAGCACUGACUUCAAAAACUUGGUCGCGCCUUUAGAUUAUCCUUAUAUUCGAACGAAAUUUGUUUGGCAAUAAAUAUUCAUUAACCUAGUAAAUAUUUUUACGCGAGAUACAGCACGUUAUGAUAACAGAAACUCGUUUGUGUAUCAUAUACAUUUCAAACGAAGCGAACAUCGUUAAAACUCUUGACAGAAAGUUUCGACGAAUCGAUUAGAGAUAAAAAAAAGCUGGUAAAAAUUUUAAACUGGAAAUUACCCUGAAGUAUUAUUCAUUGUAAAUGAGAUUGAUAAUUGGUUUGCACUUUUUGCUGCAUUGCGCAUGCAAUGAAUUCAGAGACGAAACGACGAAUUCUUUUUCAAGAUCACAUUUUAUUAACUCGUCUCUGAUAUAAACCGGUUGUGUUUAUCUUAAAACCAGCAAAAAGUAGGAAUGAUUUGACAAAUGACCCCUGUGGAAGGUCGUUCCACUUAGUAUCCUUGACACUUUUGACAGCUAUAAAAGAAUACAAGUUUUAUAAUUUGCCAGCUUCCUGCGGUCAUCUUUUAUCUCCUAGCUAAUGAAAAAUCACGUGACUCAGCAGGUGGAAUUGUUACUUAUCAAAACACUUCACGCAACUAAGAAAAUUGAUUUACAAGAAAUACUGCAAAUACGUUUAAAUAGAAGUUAAUAUCGCUCAAGAGAUGCCUCGAUGGACUCGUUACUUAGAUUGCUCAUGUCAUCAUAGUGUCACUUCAAGGUGGUCUGAUAAAUUCAUUAUCAAGGACAGACAUGGAUAAAAGCAGACUGCAAAUUCCGAGUAGGUGACUGUGACACUGUCUUUGGUUUUAUCACUUUUCUGUUGUUGCGAAAUGAAUUCGAGGAAUAAUUUUUAAGGAAACCUGAGAACAUGAUUUUGUUGUUAACGUGCAUGCUAAGUGUUACGGGUUAAGCUGCACGGUUUCCUAUCAAGCUUUGCUGACCACAUAAAUGCUGAUUUAAACGAAAUUCUAGAAACUUCAGAAGACAGAUCACAUGGAAUGUUAAGGUCAAUUCUUCGAAUUUGUUGUUGUUGUUAUUAUUAUUUCUUUAGCCAGGUUGUUGAUAAUAUUUUUCUCAGAGUUAAGACAAACUUUUCAACUUCUAUCUUUCUUGGUCGUGUGAACAUCUUUCCGAUUUAAUAUGUAGAUUUACCCAUAAUAUUCAAAACUUUGCAAUUUAAAACGAAAGUUUUGAUUAAAUAAAAGCCAAAUCGUUUAGAUUUUAUUUAUAUCAUACAAAACGUUAUUUGUCCUAAAAUAAUUGAAAUCGAAAACUCUAACAAAACCGACGCAGAUGAACAGGUUCAUCUAAAACGCCACUUAAGAUGGUUCAAAACAAAUUCCCUUAUUCACUUGUUUAAUUAAAUAUUCCACUCCACAAGAGACCACGUCGUGCGCUAUUAUCCUGUUAAAGAAAGGUAUCGAGCUAUUUCUCAUAACAGACAGUACUCUAAUUUUCAUAAAUAUCUAAUGCUACCAUUUACAUUCCAAAUCGAAAUAUUUGAGCGGACGUCGAUUGAAGUUGGUGACUAAGCAAUUCGUGAGGGAACUUGUUCUUGAAUAUGAAAAGCUACGCAAAAAUGUAUUUCUAAAGUUAGUCUCAGGAAGUUUCUUACUGAAGGUUUGAUGAAGUAGGAACGCAUUUUGUUCAAGUUACCUCACGUUGAGAUUACAAGUCAAAUACAAAGCAAACUAAAUGAAAUUUAAGUUGGUCAUUUAUCUGUUUCACUAGUCAAGGCAAAACCUUAUGCAAAAAAAUUAUAGCUAUAAUACAUAAGGUUAAAAUGACCCUGCACGUUUUGAAAGUGAUCGUUGAUUUUAGAAUUUAACAUUCCGAUCCUCGCUUUCAGGUUCUGAAGUUUUUCAUUGUCUUCCUUAAAAUGCUAUUAGCAAUACAGUAACCUCUCGCCUUGCGCAAACCCCGCUAUAACGGACACCCCGAUAAUAGGGACAGCAGCUAAAUCCAAGGCAAAAAUAUUAAAAUUGGAGAUGUUUGACUGAAAUUAACUCCCGCUGUUACGGAAUCUCGCUUAUGAGGACACUAACUCAAGGUCGCUACAGUUUAUCUAACAGGAGAAAUCGCAAAUUCAGCUGACAAUCAUCCUUUUUUCUUAUGAGUUGGAAAUUUCUAGCUUCGGAAGUCCAUAACUUGACGUUAAGGCAACUUUUGACAGGAUAAAUCCACGCAACAGUUCGUCAAGAUUAAUGUUAAAAGUUCAAUAACGGAAUUUUGACGCUUUUGUGACUAAACCUGAUGUACACUACGUAUUAUUAUUAUUAUUAUUAUUAUUAUUAUUAUUAUUAUUAUUAUUAUUAUUAUUAUUAUUAUUAUUAUCAGCAGCAUCAUUACCACUAUGAACAUUUCUGUUAGAUCUUUACUACCCUGUGUAAUGCAAGUAUUCAUGGCAAAUAUAUAAUACGUGAAGUGUUUAGAAGGACUUAAACCAUUUCUAAUCUCGUCCAUUUUCUUUUUUUUAUUAUUUUCUAUAGAAGUCCCGGCGCCUUCAGUUCCUCAUGGCUCAAAAGACAUGACGCAGCCCUCAGUCUACAAGGAGGUGGAUCCGAAAGGAACUGCCGCCCUGUUAGAUAGACGCCGGGUUUCUGCAUCAGUCAGCGAAAUACGGGAUUUGUACAGUGCCCUACAGGAACUUGUGCCAGGGAGCGCAACAAGCUCAAUACCCCACAGAGCACUUCCAGAAGAACCGGGUGUCGCGUCCAACCCAAAUUCUCCACGACCACGAAGAAAAAGCCCGAAUGGUGCAAAGGAGAGUCGAAAUCUACCACGCUCCCCUAACAAUGAGGAGGAAUCCUUGAGAGUAAGGAGGCUACUUCCGGUCACUCCUCAAUCGCCAUCCACUUUGCGGAAGUUAAAGUCCAAAGCAGUUCAAGCGCUUGACAUCAACGCCAAUCAAACUUCCGUAACAGUCAAACGCAAGCCUAAUAUGGACAGGCGCGGUUCAAGUGGAGAGGUGUUGUUGAGUAUUCAGAGUGCUCAAACUGGAAAACCAUCACCAAAUAUGGGCAGAAGGGGUUCCAGUGGAGAGAUUUUGCUGGGCGAACGAGCCAAUCCGCUCAAGGCGCCAAAAAGUCCUAUGGCGAUGGCAAGAAGUGUCUCCAGCCAAGACAUUUCCAGAGAAGUGCAAAGACAAAUGAGACCGAAAAGCCCCAGUGCUUUGCGUUCAGUUACAAUGGACAGACUUGUUAGUCCAGACAUGCUAGCAAGAAGAGGCUCUGAAGGCAUAUUGCAUACACCAAAUAUGAAUAAACAGCGAAAACAUCUCAGUCCCCUCAGAAUGGGACGCAGGGGCUCUAGCGGUGAUGUUUUUUCAUCCGAAUGGAUGACACCUCCCAGUCCUUUAGGGUCAUCACAGAGUGAAGUCAUGGAGGAACAGACUGAAGGUACCAGUUACGACUCUUCCCCAAGGCGAGGCAGGUUAAUGAAUAAAAUCACCAAAUUUUCUAACUCUUUUAAAAGGAAAACUCAGUCAGCGAGCCCAGAACCAGCUAGAGAUCCAUCACCGGUCACCACACAAGAGAACAAUGAGUCGAUGGAUCAUUGCGACUUUACGGAUGGCCCUGUGCAGCGCAAGAAGUUAAACAGGGUCGAAAGUCAGAUGGAUCUGCUGCUAAAUUCACUGAACGAUCUUCAGGGAUCACCUAGACAGCCGUUACGCGCAAGCGCAAGUGACCCUGUCAGGCAACUUGACCAGCGACGCGGAAGCUUGGGCACUGAGAUGCAAGAAUUGUUGGGUGCCCUGCAUGAACUUUCUGCCAUGGCUCCAGGCUCCGAUUCAGAUUCUCUCGGUGAAAACGAGCCCCAACCGAGAGGUGGGUACGAGUCACAUGAUCGAGCACCUGUGCAGCGUGAAUCGCUCGAUCAACUUGAGGCGUACUUUACAGAAAAGCUGCGUGAUGCCACUCGGGCCGGGGCGUCUAAAACGCCAUCAGAGAGGUCUUCUGAAAGCGAAGCCUUUCACUCUGACAAAGAGGAAGGCGAAAUCAAACAACCACAAUCUGAAUCAUCAAGCAAGAAAACAUCGUUGGAAGUAGGAGCGAUCGACAGCGAAAUUGAUGUUGUUGAUCAUCCUAUAGAGGGCUUUCCAACAGAUUUCGACGUAAAACGAGCACAAGUGUUAGAAGAUCGGGAAGAGUUUGCCAACCAAGUCAACAAAAAACUACAGGAUUGGCUUGAAAAAGCAAUGACUUUGGCAAAAAAGGAAAAAGUGGCGGAAAAUGGACACUUCACCACUUCCGAAAGCGAAGAGCAAAAGUGUGACUCUCUGGAGUCUGAAGAAAGCGACAGCAGCAAAGACAAAGAGCCUCGAAGACUUAAAAGAAACCUUUUCUCGAAGCUAUCUUUUCUUCGCCGAGGCGAAAGAUCACGCGGCAAAUACAAACACCGAAGAAGCAGGUCAAUGCAUGACGUCACUUUCUCGUUGGAGAAUGAACGUCAAUUUCAAGAUGGCCAGGCAGAUGUGAAUACUACGACCCUUGAGUCUGCGCAGUCUCAAAGGAAAACGAGGCGUCCAAGCACAAUGACCCGGUCAAGAUCAUUGUAUAAUGUGCCGGCUUCACGGAACAGCCAUGGCGAGAGAAAGGUCAGGGAAGCAGAAGAUUUGCCGAACACCUCAAAAGAUAAAGAAUCGAAUGAGCCAGUCGCCAUUACUGGUCAAGUGUCAAUUUGUCGCUCUCAUGUUGAAAAAACUUCUAGCAAAGAUUUCCACGUUGGUGAUAAGUCUGAAAAACUGACUCCAACAGCGACGGAGAAACCAAAAGCGAGUGCAGCGUCAAGCUACCUGACGUUAGAGGCGACAAACGUAAAGCGCCUGACGCCGAAAAAACGACUGUGCCGUCUACCAACCGACCUGCCGUUCUUCUACACGCCAGAGGCUGAAAAGUGUGAUAAGAAACAAGAAUCUAAACAAGUGAACAUUCAAAAUCCAGCCCGAAACAGGAACAAAAUAUUCUCUGAAAAUGGUGUUAUUUACAAAGGUAUGGAGGAAAGUUUCUACACGGAAGUGCCAAAUGAAAAGGAAAAACUGAAAAGAGCAACCAGUAGUACACUGCCUUAUCCAAAAGUCCUUGUAAAUGAAAGGUCAAAUUGUUUCUUCGGAGACAGACUCGAAACAGAAGUGACAUUUUUUUACCCAGCUCCGCAAGCAUCGUCAAAAACACUGCGUCGUUUCGCCUCUAUGGACAGUUUUCUUAACCCAAAAGACGUCAAAAAUUGUGAGGCGACUGAGACGGUUUCUAGUUGCUACGGAGACAAGUCACGGGCGGAAGACGGGGCCCAAAACAAUAGGUGGAGAAGAGUGAGCGAUGAACAGUCUCCAUGCCCCUCCCCACCAGAUCACGUGUGGGGCGUGGAGGUGACGAUUUAA